GGGGGAAGAGGCGGACUACACCCCCCAUAAUGCGGAGCGCUCGGCCGAGUCUUUAAUAAGGUCGGCCGGGAACAAGAUGGCGGCGGCGGUGGCGGCGGGGGCUCGGGCUUCGUGCGCCACGGAGCCGGGCAGAUAAGACUUUGCAAUCCGGUUUUGCGCCGGUCGGCAGUUAAUCUCCAUGCGUGGUGUUUGCUGCAGCUGGUUUCAAAGUCAUGGUCCGGAAAGGCGUCUGUUGCUGCUGUGCCGCCUUGCGUCCUCGCUACAAGCGUCUGGUGGAUAACAUCUUUCCCGAAGACCCAAAAGAUGGGCUCGUUAAAGCAGAUAUGGAGAAGCUGACUUUCUAUGCUGUUUCUGCACCGGAGAAGCUAGAUCGCAUUGGAACUUAUUUAGCAGAGCGAUUGAGCCGGGAUGUUGUUAGACACCGAUAUGGAUAUGUCUUUAUCGCCAUGGAGGCCCUGGACCAGCUUUUGAUGGCUUGCCAUUCUCAGAGCAUUAAGCCAUUUGUGGAAAGUUUUCUUCAUAUGGUGGCUAAGCUGCUGGAGUCUGGGGAGCCAAAACUACAAGUUCUGGGAACCAACUCUUUUGUGAAGUUCGCAAACAUUGAAGAAGACACGCCUUCGUACCACCGGCGCUACGAUUUCUUUGUCUCUCGGUUCAGUGCCAUGUGCCACUCUUACCACGAGGAUCCCGAAAUACAAACGGAGAUCCGGAUUGCUGGGAUUAGAGGUAUCCAGGGGGUGGUCCGCAAAACCGUCAACGAUGAGCUGCAAGCGAUUGUCUGGGAACCUCAGCAUAUGGACAAGAUCGUCCCCUCCCUCCUGUUCAAUAUGCACAAGAUUGAGGAUGUUGACAGUCGAACCUGCCCCCCAUCAUCGCCUUCAGGACGAGAAAAAGAGAACCCGGCCAUGCUGGCAGAGAACUGUUUCAGAGAACUGCUCGGCCGAGCGACCUACGGGAACAUGAACCAUGCUGUCCGGCCAGUUUUUGCUCUGACCUCCAAUAUAUGGAAGUGGGGCAGGUGGUAUAUCUACUCCACCUUGGAGAUCUCAGUAGAUCUGUGUUUCUUUGGAAGCAACCUGCCGGACUACCAUCGUUCUGAGAUUAUGAUGUUCAUUAUGGGAAAAGUCCCCGUUCUGGGUGCAACUUCACACACUCUGGAUACCCACCAACUUGGGGAUUUGGGAACCAGGCGGGUUCAGAUUAUGCUGCUGCGGUCGUUACAGAUGGUGACUACAGGAUACAGUGCCAAGACCAUUGCAGCUGCUCUGCCUGCACCUUUUCUGGAUCCUCUGCUGUCUCCUUCCCUCAUGGAUGACUGUGAACUAAGACAGCUUGUCCUGGAAAUACUGCAUAACCUCAUCGAUCGGCACAACAACAGAGCAAAACUUAGAGGCAUCAGGAUAAUACCUGAUGUUUCGGAUCUAAAGAUCAAACGAGACAAGAUUACGAGGCAAGACCUGAAUUUCAUCAAGAAGCAUGGGCAGGAGUUGUACAGGCACGUUUACUUGGGCUGCAAAGAGGAAGACAAUAUCCAAAAGAACUUUGAGCUGUUGUACACAACCCUGGCUCUCAUCACCAUUGAGUUGGCCAAUGAAGAAAUGGUCAUUGACCUCAUCAGAGUGGCAGUGGCACUGCAGGACAUCGCAAUUGUUAAUGAAGACAACCUGCCCAUGUUCCAUCGCUGUAGCAUCAUGGCUAUGGUCGCUGCGUACCUCAACUUCCUAAGCCAGAUGAUUGCGGUUCCUGCUUUUUGCCAGCAUGUUAGUAAGGUUAUUGAAACCAGAAACGUAGAAGCACCUUAUUUUUUACCUGAAACCAUUUUCAGAGAGAAGAAGUGCAAUCUUCCCAAGUCCCUGGGAAAGGAUGAAACAAACCUGUUCUUCCUGACCAACCAGAUCGCAGAAUCCCUGGCCGGCAGUGGCUACAGCGUGGAGAGACUAUCGGUGCCAUAUGUCCCUCUUGUGACAGCACUAUUUCCGUCUGGCAAAAAGCCUCAUAAAUGCAGGCGCAAAUCAAAAGAUGAAGACAGACUGUCCAGGAGGAAAAGCCUUGUGGACACCCUGUCCAUUCAAGUAGACAUUCUGCCAGGCGGCUGCCAUAUGGAAGAAAAGGCAAAUAACACGGAAGAAAUCACGUUUGAAACACUGAAACAGGCCAUAGACAACAAUGCUCUUGAGGAACAGGAGAAGGAGAAGAGGCGGCUUGUGAUUGAAAAAUUCCAGAAAGCACCUUUUGAAGAAAUUGCUGCACAAUGUGAAACCAAAGCAAACUUGCUCCAUGACAGGCUGACGCAGAUACUGGAUCGCACGGUUCGGCCACCUCCGAGCCCUUCCGGAACCAUGGCGGUCACUUCUGGACACGUUCAUUACCACUCCAUCCCAGUCUAUGAGAUGAAGUUUCCAGACCUUUGUGUGUAUUGAGUGUCUUCUGGAUUGAGCACCGACUGAAAGAUUUUAAAGCUUCUCGGAAGCUAAGUUGGUGGUGUGUCCUCUCAGAGCGAGUCACAUUUUACAUUUCAAUGUCAUCCUUUAAUUCCAAGAUAAAGUGCAUAGGUAUCUUUUUUUAAUUACUCAUUGGAAGGAAAAACAAUUUUCUCAUUUCCUGUUUUUCUACG